GAUAGAAGGUCAGAGAGAGAAAGAAAGACACAAGAAAGCACACCAAAGGGGGGGCAGAGGGUAUGGGGUGAUAGACUCUACCAAAAGGACUGAAAGUAAGAGGCAAACAUCAGCCAAUCAGAUCUGGGGAAAGAAGGAAAGGUGUGUGAGAGACAGCAGGGAGAGGAGACCAGGUGAAAAGAGACAUCAGCGAGAGGUCAGGGGAAAAAAUAGUGCAUUGGAAAGAGGCGUAAAGAAGAGGAUAUAAAGGAAAAGAAAGGAUCAGACGACAGGUGAGGGGUAAGAGAACAGAGAAUUAGUAAGGGGGGGAGUAAAAGGUAGAGGGACCAGAAACGGUAAAAAAAAGAGUGAGAGAGAAAAAAAAGGGGGGAAAGGAGGAGGAGUGGAGUAAGGAGGGAGUGAGAGAGGUGUAAGGGAGAAGGGCAAAGGAAUGAGAGACGAGGGGAGAAGUGAGAGAGGAUCAGAGAGAGAGAUCAGCCAGGCUGUGUGUAUAUAGAAAGCUGUGUACAGACAGCGUACACAUGGGCGCUUCACGCAGGUGAGGUGAGGGUUUACUGCCAACCUCGGCUCCCGAGCAAGCAUCAUGCAGCUCACACAAUGCUGUUUCAUAUUUCUGGUACAGGGGAGCAUCUAUCUGGUCAUUUGUGGCCAGGAAGAUUCCUCUGGUGACCCUGAAGAUGAAGAUCAGUCAGACACCAAACCCCAACCCAGAUCUCGAAUUUCAAAAAGAAGGUCUGCCUCGCCGGGCCGAGUUCGCAUGUCCAGUGUCAGUCCUCAAAAUUCUACUGUACUCCAACUUCUUUCAAAUUCCCCUGAAUUUUGGGAUGUUCUAAGCAGUCUUUCUGAGCUGGGUCAAAAUCAGGGCCCACCUGUCCCAUCAAGGAGCAGGCGCCAGUCAGUACUAAGGUCCACUGGACGAGCUAAGAAAGUCUUUGGUUGGGGGGACUUCUACUCUAAUAUCAAGACAGUGGAGCUCAACCUGCUCAUAACAGGAAAAGUGGUGGACCAUGGUAAUGGGUCCUUCAGUGUCUACUUCCGGCACAACUCAACAGGUCAAGGUAACGUGUCUGUUAGUCUUGUUCCACCAUCUAAAGUCCUUGACUUUGACAUGGAGCAGCAGAUGUAUGCCGAAGCAAAAGAAUCCAAGAUAUUCAACUGCAGGGUGGAGUUUGAAAAAGUGGAUAAGGCCAUUAAGACAGGAUUGUGUCCCCAUGAUCCAUCGAAGACCUGUCACCAGCAGCAAACCCACAGUCGGGUCGCUUGGACCUGCUCACAGCCUUUCAAGAUUGUUUGUGUUUAUGUCUCCUUUUACACCACAGACUACAGACUGGUGCAGAAGGUCUGUCCUGACUACAACUAUCACAAUAGCAUUCCUUAUUCACCUUCUGGCUGAAAAAAAUUACUAUGGUCAUAGAAGGUGGUAGCAACAGGAUAACCUAAGUGGGGCUAAAUAUGGGUCUAUCUUUUAUGGACUUCCUGUGCCUUGGUCUGGUCCAUUGUGGUAUCUGUGUAUUUGUGGAAAAAGUGGACAUUAUACUAUGUAGGUGGUGUGAGGGACAUCAAGUUUGAAUCAUAAUAAUGUAUGCAGUAAUGUCCUGACCGUGUUGUCCCUAAUUAUUAUCUGAAAAAUAGCAUUGCCUGGAGCUCUAUUGAGAUUAUGGGUCUGAUUGAAAUUACGGCUGAGAACACAUACUACUAUAUUCUUGAAGGUUCUAAGAAAAUACCAUUUAGGUUAGCACCAACAGUUCAUAUAUAGAUCCAAAGAGUUAUUUUUUAUCGACGCUGGCAAAGAAGGAAUUACUGUUACCUGCAACAAAGUAGCGGCUAAUUGGUGUCGGUAUAGGCAAAGUUUAGCUCAUUAAACAAGACCC